GCGGAGAGUUGCGGGCCCUUCCCGAUCCGGUAAUGGGCCUGGGAGAUGCCAGAUUAGCGUGGUGCCUGUCCGGAGAGGUGGGCCAGCUGAUGCCCAGGUCGGGGCCCUGCCACUGGCCACACUGGGCUCCGGUCCAAGGCUAGAAGGCUGGCCCCAGCUGCAACCCCUCUCCGGCUCCUCUGCCACCCACCUCCCGGGGCUGGCCGGCUGUGGGGAGCCGGGCGGCCGCAGUGACGACAGCUCCCCAGGAGCCCCCCGCCCGGCCCCUCCAGGCGGGCAGUGGAGCUGGCCCGGCGCCUGGGCGCGCCAUGCGCAGCACCACGCUCCUGGCCCUGCUGGCGCUGGUCUUGCUUUACUUGGUGUCUGGUGCCCUGGUGUUCCGGGCCCUGGAGCAGCCCCACGAGCAGCAGGCCCAGAGGGAGCUGGGGGAGGUCCGAGAGAAGUUCCUGAGGGCCCAUCCGUGUGUGAGCGACCAGGAGCUGGGCCUCCUCAUCAAGGAGGUGGCUGAUGCCCUGGGAGGGGGUGCAGACCCAGAAACCAACUCGACCAGCAACAGCAGCCACUCAGCCUGGGACCUGGGCAGCGCCUUCUUUUUCUCAGGGACCAUCAUCACCACCAUCGGUGGGGGAGGGGAUUGGCAUGUGGGGGGCGGCAAGGAGCUUCCUCAUGGGGGAAGGUGCAGGGAGACGGAGGGGUCCCAGGUGGCCCCUAGACUUCCUGCAUCGCCCCUCUGCCCAGGCUAUGGCAAUGUGGCCCUGCGCACAGAUGCCGGGCGCCUCUUCUGCAUCUUUUAUGCGCUGGUGGGGAUUCCUCUGUUUGGGAUCCUACUGGCAGGGGUCGGGGACCGGCUGGGCUCCUCCCUGCGCCAUGGCAUCGGUCACAUUGAAGCCAUCUUCUUGAAGUGGCACGUGCCACCAGAGCUAGUAAGAGUUCUGUCAGCGAUGCUUUUCCUGCUGAUCGGCUGCCUGCUCUUUGUCCUCACGCCAACGUUCGUGUUCUGCUAUAUGGAGGACUGGAGCAAGCUGGAGGCCAUCUACUUUGUCAUAGUGACGCUUACCACCGUGGGCUUCGGCGACUAUGUGGCCGGCGCGGACCCCAGGCAGGACUCCCCAGCCUAUCAGCCGCUGGUGUGGUUCUGGAUCCUGCUCGGCCUGGCUUACUUCGCCUCAGUGCUCACCACCAUCGGGAACUGGCUGCGAGUAGUGUCCCGCCGCACUCGGGCAGAGAUGGGCGGCCUCACGGCGCAGGCUGCCAGCUGGACUGGCACGGUGACAGCGCGCGUGACCCAGCGAGCCGGGCCCGCCGCCCCGCCGCCGGAGAAGGAGCAGCCACUGCUGCUUCCACCGCCCUGUCCAGCGCAGCCGCUGGGCAGGCCCCGAUCCCCUUCGCCCCCCGAGAAGGCUCAGCCGCCUUCCCCGCCCACGGCCUCGGCCCUGGAUUAUCCCAGCGAGAACCUGGCCUUCAUCGACGAGUCCUCGGAUACGCAGAGCGAGCGCGGCUGCCCGCUGCCCCGCGCGCCGCGAGAUCGCCGCCGCCCCAAUCCCCCCAGGAAGCCCGUGCGGCCCCGCGGCCCCGGGCGUCCCCGAGACAAAAGCGUGCCGGUGUAG